GUCGCGCAUGCGCACACGCGUACAGCCCAGUGUUGGCGAGAAGGAAAAAGGCGAGCAGAACAGCAACACAUCGGUCUGCCUAUGGCCGAAUGAGCCACGGCGCUGUGAAAUAUCACAACAAUAAGAGACUUUGACUGUAUAUAACACAGGUGGAAGCGACCGAGCAGGGGAAGCGACGCAUGGCUCUCCAUAUGAACGUUGUGGCUUGAGAGGAGGACAGUAUGUUUACAUGAGGGCUCUUGAGACAGAGCGCUGACCGUUGAAAGAUUCGCAGAGUCUGGUUGCGUUGAACGGUAAAGACAUUGCCGAAGAUGCUGAAGAGAUUGGCCGCGCCGGCGUCAUGCAGCAGCUGCCUUCUCGCCUUCCUCCUCGCCUUCGUCUCGCCCAGGUGUACGCUGUCUAUCGGUGCCGACAAAACUAUGGUGAACAAGGAGGAUUAUUAUAGCGCUACGGUCAACGCCACCGUUUUGGACCAUAAAGGCAAUCCUCAACAGAUGGUGACGAAAAAUGACGGGCGGUACGGCCAGAAUUCCCCCAAAAUAGAGGCGAAGGGCAUCGUGAUCGCACCUGCUACUGUUAAUGGGGUGGAUUUGCAAGGCUGCUGUCCACACACCCGGUUUAUAGUCCCUCCGAAAACCACACACUGGGUGGCCAUUAUGCAGAGAGGGAAGUGCACCUUCAAGGAGAAGAUCCUUAAGGCAGCUGCUUUCAAUGCCUCAGCUGUCAUUAUCUACAAUAACAGCACCAAAGAGGACACAGUCACGAUGGCUCAUGAAGGCACUGGAGACAUAGUGGCAGUCAUGAUCACAGAGUCCUUUGGGAAGGAGAUUCUGGGAUUCCUGGAGAAGAACCAGACUGUUUUAGUAUCUGUGAUGGUGGGAUCACGAGGCCUCCCCAAGAACAUCAACCGUGGCUCCUUGGUGUUUGUCUCCAUCUCCUUUAUCGUGCUGAUGAUUAUCUCCUCUGCUUGGCUGAUCUUCUACUUCAUCCAGAAGAUCAGAGACACCAGCGCACGGGACCGUAGUCAGCGACGGCUGGGCGAUGCUGCCAAGAAGGCCAUUAGCAAGCUGACUACCAGGACAGUAAAAAGAGGAGACAAGGAAACAGAGCCAGAUUUUAAUCAUUGUGCAGUAUGCAUUGAAGGUUAUCAGCUAAACGAUGUGGUCCGCAUCCUACCUUGCAAGCACGUCUUCCAUAAAAUGUGUGUGGAUCCAUGGCUAAAUGAGCACUGCACCUGUCCUAUGUGUAAACUCAACAUCCUCAAAGCUCUGGGAGUUAUGCCCAACCUGCCCUGUGUGGACAACAUGGCUUUUGACAUGGAUCGGAUGUCCCGCAGUCAGACGUCCAGCCAGAGGACGGCGCUGGUGGACUUGUCCUCUGAGACCAGCAUCAGUCUGGAGCCCCUACGCCACUCCAGUUCCUCCCAGCUUCCCUCCGACGAAGAGCUCAUUCCUCGCACCGGAGAGAUCAACAUUGCUGUCACUAAAGAGUGGUUUAUUGUUGCCAGCUUCGGCGUCCUCUCUGCUCUCACACUUUGCUACAUGAUCAUCAGAGCCACUGCCAGCACCUCUAACUAUGAACCCAAGUUGGAGUGAAGUUUUUUUAUGGCAUCCUGAUUUCUAAACCAGAUAUGCAUCCUGAAAAACAGUUGCCGAUUGCACUUCAAGUCCGUUUCUUACUCAUUCAUUGCUAGUGUUAAUAGAGCUGUAGACAUGAGCGUAUUCAGAGCUUUUCACUGGAUGGUAUUGCUAAUUAUCUUUUUUUUUUUUUUUUUUACUUAAUUGCUGUAUUUAAUAAGCCUUUCUUGUUUUCAUUUUAGAUUAAUAGAGUUUUGCAUAUAUUAAAUGUCUUUUAAAUGUGUAUAUAUUUUCAAAUCCUUUGCUUUGUCUUUGUCAUGUGAAUUACAUUUUUAAAACAUUUGUGUGUGUAUUAAAAUUGCUUUGUGCAAACAUCUUUGUUGUGCUUUUUAGUAAGUUAGGAGUUACCAGUACUAGUUGUAUUCCUUGAUACUGCUUUGAUACUUCUGUCUUUCUCAGUUUACCAUGGUGAGACUCUUGAAUAUCAUUUUCACUUUCAGACCAGAAACCCUGAUAAUGUCCCAUGUCUACUAGACACGCAAUAUUGAUUUACCAUGUCAUAUAAUAGCUCUACACUUUAAUUCAGUAGUGCCUUACAGUAAGCCAAGCCAAGAGCACAAAAAUUACUGUAAUACAUCUAUAAGGCCAGAUUGUGUAUAGUAUCAGCCUGACAUUUAAUGCAUUGAAAUAGAGAUUGUGUAACUUAAGGUCAGGAUUGCUCAGCUGCAGCACAGAAAACCGGAAGGAUUACUUGAUGGACAGAAGCAUAUUUUGCUGUAUUGUAGUAUAAUAUACAUUAUUAUGACACAGCUAUACAGAAUACUCAAUUCUGAUUGGUCAGUCACCACAUUCCGAGGUAUGUUAUUCCCUGAUAACAACUGGUAAAAACUAAUAACACAGGCUGCAGUCGGCACAUUUUUUCGUGGAAGCUUUGCAUUUGGUUAGCUAAUAAAAUAUUAAAAAUCAACAUUUAAUCAAUACUCUGUGUACAGUUAUUUAAUUAUGUCAUCCUGGUAUCGUGGACCCACUCUCUCUUGUAAUGCAUUGUAAGGUAACUAACAAACUGGUAAGAUUUUAAAAGGUUCCGUCUUAAGUCAAUGUUUUUUUUCGAUAUAAUUAUCCAUGUGGUGAAAUGCCGUUUAGUCUAGCAACUGCUUUCUCUACGGAUGCUUUGCAUUCAAAUAUUUCACCUCAAAUCAAUAUUUUGUGUGUAAUUGUUUAGUUUUGUGGCAAGCAGUGAUGUAA